UUGGGCGGGGCGUGUCACGUGAGGCGCCUCCGUUUGUGUCACGUGACGGCGGCGGGGCGAUCCCGGGCGGCGGGAGCGGAGCGGGCGCCCUUCUCCGAUGCGGGGUCCCCUCCUGGCGGCCGCUGGGGGGGCCAUGGGGGGCGCGGGGGGGCCCCUGGCCCGCACCAUCCGCGCCAAGCUGACGGCGGCCCUGCAGCCCACGCACCUGGAGGUGCGGGACGACUCCCCCCGCCACGGGGGCCCCCCCGGCGCCGAGACGCAUUUCGGGGUGCUGGUGGUGAGCGGGCGCUUCGCGGGGCUGCCCCCGCUCCAGCGGCACCGCCUGGUGCACGAGGCGCUGCGGGCAGAGCUGGCCGGCCCCCUGCACGCCCUGCAGGUCAUCGCCCGCACCCCCGAGCAGUGGCAGAGUGACCCCCACCUUCCCUCCGCGCCCCCUUGCCUGGGGGGCUCCAAGCGGGAAAAACGCCGUGAGGACGGUGGGGAGGCGCCGGGACAGCAGUGACAGCCCGGAGCCCCACCCCGGUGCCAGCGCAGCAGACGGAGCCUGGAGUUCAGAGGGGGCAAAAGUAAUGGGGGGGACACCGCCCCCCAUCAUGCUCUGCCUCGACCCCCACCCCACCCCCAGCUCCCCCGUCCCCCCAGGCUGGACCCACCCAACCAUCCCGCCCUGGGGGGCAUUUUUGGGGUGUCCCUCCCAUUUAAUGUCUGAAUCAAUUUAAAUAAACAUGUUCUGGAGGCA